CCCCCCGUCCCCAACGCUGUCUGUCGCUUUCCGCUCCGCCGAUUUGAAAGUGAAGGGAAUAGUCUGACGUUGCCAGUUCCUUCUUCACGCCGCCCAGAUACGAACACAAUAGAUUUCGCAACGACGGGUGCGGUUGAGGAUCCUUCGUUGCGUUGGUGGCCAGAGCCUCCUCUUGAGGUCCACCGGUGCGGAGAAGAAGAAGAUGAUGACGAUGAUGAUGCAGAAGAGGGUGCGCUGAGCUUACCGAUGCCAUUUGUGUAUGGUAGUUGUUGGUGCAGCAUUAACAGCAUCAGCAGCUGCUCUUUCUUCGUGCGCGGCGGCUCUUCUCCCUCCUCUGCUUGUUUCCGUCGUCGUUGUCUCUCAUUCUUCUAUUUCCCUUCCCUCCCCCCCGGCCUGGCUCUUCCUCGGGAUUUUACAUCGUGUGAGGGCAGGGCGAUGCGUUUGUGCGGAACAGAGGAGGUGUUCGAUAUAAUGCGGGGCGCGUCGACAGGAAGCGGAGGGUCAUAGGCGGUUGAGGUGUCUGGAGUCAUUGGAGGGGUGGAAGUUUGUAGGUGAAGAUCCCUUGUGAAUUGUAGUGGCGAGAAUCGUGUGUUCAGGUUCCUCGACAUCGUUUGUGAUGCGAGUGGAGGUCUAGAGGUGCGCAGUAGCGAAUGAGCGAGCGAGAGAGGGUGGAGCUUGGAGGGAAGGUGUCGCUGGAGAAGCAGAUGCAUUGUUGGUGUCGUGAAUCAUCUGCUUCGUCUAUGGGACUAUGAUGUUUGCGGUGCUUCGUGUCAGGGUGUCUGAAGCCAUGGAUGAUGUUAUGAUUGCGGAGAAUUUUCUGCGGUAGGUACGGAGUGAUUGCACUGAAGCAUAUCCGGAUGGAUUGUUGUAACUGGACGCAUUUGGAAUGUUUGGCGGAUUUAGCAUCGUAGGUAGAAUUUGAAACAAUUGGGUACAGAGUUUUCACGACUCAGGUUGUUCCAGUGUGGUAACCGUCAGAAUUACUGAGAGAACUAAUAAAAUGGGGUGCAAUAAUUCUAAGAUCGAUAACGAGGAGGGGCUUUCAAGAUGCAAGCAGAGGAAGCACCUAAUGAAGCAGAUUGUCGCAUCUCGACACAACUUUGCAGCUUCACACGCCAUGUUCGUAGUGUCUCUCAAGGGAGUUGGAUCAGCAUUUAGACAAUUUGCAGAGGGUGAGGUGAAGGAUGAAGUUAGGUACCUAAUGCAUUCAGAGGUGUCUACACCAAGAACGGAGACUCUGUCAUUUGGACCUCCUCCAACGUUACCACCAGCUCCUAUGUCUCCUGGAUUUUCACCCUCUCCUCCUCACUCACCUGUCUCUCCUCAUGUCAGGCAUUCUACAUCGCGUAUGCAGAAUGACUCUCGUAGUACAGGAGCAGUCAGUUCACCAGAGAGCGUAACCCGGGAAUUCCUUCCGCCCCCUCCUCCUCCCAUAACUAUGAGACAGCAUAGAAUGGAACACACUCCCUCAGCUAGCAUAACUAAUAUAUAUAGAUAUCCCGAAGAAUCCUCCAACUCUUUCAAGUAUAAAAUGGAUGAUUCUAUUCCUCCUCCUCCCUUCCAACCCAUUCUUAUGGACGACGAUUGGAUACAAUCUAGUCGGACAGCCCCAAUCUCACAUGCUGCUACCAGAAGCAAUCCUACCCCACCUCCGCCUGUCACUAGGAGCAGUUGGCAAGAUUUGUUUAUGGAUCCAUUUAGACCUUCACCUCCAACUUUUAACUACAUGGAGGAGAGAAAGAACCAGGAUGUGGAUAGCAGGCUGUCUCCAGCUGCAGUAGAGCAGAAACUUAGACAGGAAUCCGAAUCGAAAAUGAACUACGAUGCGGAACAGAAAAAGAUCCAGCAGUCGGAGCAGAGAAGGAGACUUGAUAUUGAGCAGAAGAGGAUUCACGAGGAACGGAAAAAGUCUCAAGCGAUAGAAGAGAGGAGGAAUAGGGAGCUUGAGCUUAGAAAGAGAGAGGAGAGGGCGGUUCCCCCGCCACCCAAGAAGAUCGUGGAGGUUCAGGAGAGUAUACCGGACGAUAUACCUGAUUUAGAGGAAGACGAUGUUCCCGAUCUUGAAGACGUUGACGAGGAUAUUGAUGAGCCAGCUCCAAAGGAUGAAGAUAAGGAGCGGGAGAACAACGCUGUCAAUAAACCGCAAUCAGCUCAAGAAUUAGCAUCAGAACCUAUUCCAGAUGAAAAUCCAGAAUCAGCACCUAAACCAGAAGAACCGGACUCUGCAACACCGAAGUCAGCACUAGAACAAAUAUCAGAACCUGAGACCCCGCCAAAAACGCCACCACAGACCCCGCCGAAAGUCCAGGAGCCACCAGCUAAGGUAGCGAAUGCAGGGAAGGGACAGAAAACUCCCAUAUCUGGUAAAACUCCAGGAAAACCCCCGAAACCUGAACAAUCAAUCUCGAAAACUAACAAGGAAUUGGCCGUUGUCAAGGCGGAGAAGGGUGGUCGGGAUUUGCUCGACGUCCUAAAAGAGGUCGAUGAGUGUUUUCUGAGAGCUGCUGAUAGUGGCGAGAAUGUGUCACGCAUCCUUGAGACUAAGAAAGCACAUUAUCAUUCAAGUUUCUCAGACAGUUUAAGAGUUGUGGGUGAAUCCGCAAGGAUGAAUCUUUUAAAGCUCUCUGGAAAAUCUGGAUCAGCUAGCUUUAGAACAUCUGGCAAUAUGAAUAGUAUGAGUGUCUUAACGGAUGAAUCCCCAAGCAUAAUGAGCAUGCGGAGGAACAUAAGCAACAUGAGCAGCGCAAGGUAUACGGAAGAAUGUGGAUUGGGUAACAGCCAUGCGGCGACACUCGAUAGGUUGCUCGCUUGGGAAAAGAAACUAUACCUCGAAGUCAAGGAGGCAGAAGCUCUUAGAGUUGAGUUAGACAGGAAAUAUCACUUGUUUAGAAAUCAGGAUGCAAAGAAUGAAGAUCAUACGGUCAUUGAUAAAACCCGCUACACUAUUAAAGGUCUUCAGACUCGAAUGGUGGUAGCUAUUCAAGCUGUAGACAGCGCUUCACAGCAGGUGCAGAAGCUAAGGGAUGAGGAAUUGUAUCCACAGCUUGUGGAGUUACUGAAUGGGUUGGGAACUAUGUGGAAGAAUAUGUCUCAAGCUCAUCAAGCUCAGUUGCGAGCAGUUGAGACCAUGAGAAGGCUUGAUAACUCUGCUGCCUGUGAACCAACUACAAGCUCUCAUCGCCAGUCAACCAUGUUUCUUGAACAAGCACUGAACAAGUGGUCAGGGGGUGUGUCGAGAGUCAUAAGUUCACAAAUGGAAUAUUUGAAGAAUAUGACAUCAUGGUUACGAUUGAGUCUCAUGCAAUUUGGCAGUGAGGAGAUGGACAACCGGAGUGGGUCAAGAUCUCCCUCACGGUCUCCUUCUCAAGACAUGAUGGCUGCUCCUAUUUUUCGACUCUGCCAACGGUGGGAAGAACUGCUAUCUCAGCUACCCCAUCAAGUGGUGUUGGAAGGCAUAGGCUCGUUUGCAGCGGUGGUCCGUGAGAUGUUGAGAUUACAGUGGGAAGAGUUGCGAAUUAAGAAGAGAGUGGAAAAUUAUCAAAGAGAGCUUGAAAGGCGAGAGUACGCACUACUAACUGUCUCUUCGAAAGAUCCAGGUCCAGGCUAUCAUGAGGGAUUCAGGUACCAAGCUCCUCCAUUAAGGUCUCCCACGACUACUUCAGGUAGUGACGUGGACGAUGGUCGUUUGGACAUAAUCGUUAGCACAGGCUUUCCAGAACGAAGUGAAGUUGGUGACAGGCGCCUAAAAUAUGAAGCUACGAGGAGAAAGCUUGAAGCCGAGCUCGAAGCCGAAAGGAAAGCCUAUACAGAUACCCGAGCGUUUACACUGAACAGUUUGCAAGCUGGUUUGCCACAGCUCUUCCUAGGUGUUCUGGCUUUCACCAAUAGUGAAGCAGAAAUAUACGACCAAUUAAUCGCGAUGGGUUCUCUCCCCAACAGAUGAUCUUUUUUCUUCCCCAACUAAAAUCUUUUAUUAAGAUUUGGCUCACUUCGGAAACUACCUGAGGAAUAAUGCCAAGUGAAUUUUUUAGACCCUUGGAAGCCAUCGUUCAGUAGUUUUUUCUCUUAAUGAUUAAUCUAUUCUUUGCAAUAGCUCGUUUCCACAGUUAUUGGUGCUGCCACUGCUGUGCGCAUUACUCGAUUUUAAGUCCCUGCCCUUGUGUGAAUUCUCAAGUUCGCGCUGAGGCCCGGUGAUUAGAGUUUGCGAGAUGUAUAUCACUGUCACUCCGAGUUCAAGAGGAAUUAUCAGUUCCAAUCUCACA